AUGAGUGGUGAAGUUGUUUCAGCUGCUAGAGUUUACCGUGAGCUUCUCAAAGCAGUGGUGAAACAUGUUGGAAAGGAAGAUCACAAGGUUCAUUUGACAGAUUUUGUAAAACAGGAAUUUCGUAAGAAUGUAAACUCAGACUCGACCCGAGAGAAAAUCAACCUCGCCCGCAAUUACACCUAUCUUAUCAAUAGCAUUCAUGCUCAGAAGGAUCUGCUCUUCUCAUACAACAUUGCGGUUGACAGAACCGAAGAAAUGAAAAGAGUGCUUGGGAAAUCUGCAGCUAGUGUAGGGCUUCGUCUUCCAGAGGUUUACCAAGCUUGA